UAUCAAAAUUACUCACCACAGAUUACUCACUUUGCUAAAGUUCACUGUAUAAAUAUGACGUUAGUACUUAAACGUGUGUUCUAUGCGCUUAAAAAACAAAUGUAAUGUAAGUAACUGAAAUAAAUAUUUUAUUAUUAUUAUUAAACUAAAGGAAUUCGGGCGCGCUGGUCUAUAAAAAUAUAAGGUUAGAAAAAAGUGAUAUUUUGAAAUGGCCAAAAUAAACGAAGAUUUAUUGAAAGAAAGAAAGAAGUGUAGUUUUAAUACAGCUGAAUUAACGCAUUUAUUAGAUGGGGGUAAAGACAAAACUUUGGAAAGACGUUCAAGAGAACAUUUCUUUUUGGAUGAUCCUGAAUUAAGAUCAAAAAUACCUUCGGAAUACUUAAGUCAUAAGGAAAAAUAUGAAGAGGCUAUUAGAAAAUCUUGUAUUCUUUUUAGAAAGGUACAAGAAUUACAAGAAGCUGGAAAAGGGGGCAUGGACAAUUAUAGGGAAAUUUUGGGAGGUCAAUUAGGUUCGGCCAUAUUGAAAGACGGCAACCCCAUAACGCUUCAUUAUGUGAUGUUUAUACCCACCAUCAUGGGACAGGGUAAUUUUGAACAGCAAGCCGAAUGGAUACAAAAAGCAUGGACUUGCAGCAUUAUAGGAACCUAUGCCCAAACUGAGUUAGGUCACGGUACAUUUAUUAGAGGUCUUGAAACCACGGCAACAUACGACCCAAAAACUGAGGAAUUCGUAUUGAAUAGUCCCACUCUAACUUCUUACAAAUGGUGGCCAGGCGGGCUCGGUCACUCUGCCAAUUUCGCAAUUGUAGUAGCUCAAUUAUACACACAGGGUAAAUGUCACGGAAUUCAUCCCUUCAUCGUACAAUUAAGGGAUGAAGAGACCCAUAUGCCCAUGAAAGGCAUUAAAAUAGGAGAAAUCGGGUGCAAGUUGGGUAUGAACUCAACCAACAAUGGUUAUUUGGGUUUUGAGAACUACCGCAUACCCAGGACCAAUUUGCUCAUGAAAAAUAACAAAGUUUUACCUGACGGAACCUACGUCAAAUCACCAAGCAGCAAACUAACAUACGGUACUAUGAUUUUCGUUCGAGUCGUAUUGGUGCAAGAUUGCGCUAGCUACAUGAAGAAAGCUGUCACGAUAGCCACAAGAUACAGUGCUGUGAGGCAUCAAUCGGAAAUGAAGCCAAACUGCCCUGAGCCGCAAAUCAUCGACUACGUAACUCAGCAGUACAAGUUAUUUCCAUAUAUAGCUAUGAGCUUCGCGUUUCAGUACAGCGCCAGUUGGUUGUGGGAUAUAUACAACAACGUCACAGGAGAGCUGGAAUCGGUCGUAUUGGUGCAAGAUUGCGCUAGCUACAUGAAGAAAGCUGUCACUAUAGCCACAAGAUACAGUGCUGUGAGGCAUCAAUCGGAAAUGAAGCCAAACUGCCCUGAGCCGCAAAUCAUCGACUACGUAACUCAGCAGUACAAGUUAUUCCCAUAUAUAGCUAUGAGCUUUGCGUUCCAGUACAGCGCCAGUUGGUUGUGGGAUAUAUACAACAACGUCACAGGAGAGCUGGAAUCGGGCCAAUUGGAAAAUUUACCGGAGUUGCACGCGUUGGCUUGCUGCCUUAAAGCUGUAGGCACUGCAGAUUGCGCUGCGGGUGUUGAAACUUUAAGGUUGGCUUGUGGGGGGCAUGGUUACAUGACGGCUUCCAACUUGCCAUCCACAUACGGCCUGGCGACUGCCAUGUGUACUUACGAGGGUGAGAAUACCGUGCUACUAUUGCAGACCGCCAGAUAUCUGAUUAAGAUUUGGCAGAACAAGAAGAACAUUCAGAACUUGCCCACGGUUAGGUACUUGGAUAAUGCCUUAUUCAACAAUAGGUCCUACGAAAAGUCGGUUAGCUGGAUUUUGUCUGCACUUCAGCAAGUCGCAGCUGCCAAAAUCGAUUUAGCCAAUAAGCAUAUCAACGACAGGGUUAGACAAGGUAAAGCUUAUGAAGACGCUUGGAAUGAAACUUCCAUCGAAUUAGUAGCAGCUGCGGAUGCUCAUUGCAGAACUUUUCUGCUUGACAUUUUCAAUUUAACCGUUAAUAACUUUCAAUCAAUUUCACCUGAACUGAAAGCUGUUCUUACGGAUCUUUUGGAGUUGUAUGCUGUUCAUACCGCCAUUAGAAUGACUGGGGACUUAUUAAGGUUUACCAAUACUAUUGGUAAGGAUGUUGAAGCAUUGCAACUGUGGUUGGAAGAGUUAUUAGCCAAAAUUCGACCAAACGCAAUAGGGAUUGUCGAUAGUUUCGAUAUUAGGGAUGAAGUUCUUGGUUCAGCUUUGGGUGCUUAUGAUGGUAAUGUAUACGAAAGAUUAUUUGCCGAAGCCCAAAAAAGCCCACUGAACCACGAGCCGGUCAACAAAUCAUUUGGGCUCUAUCUUAAACCAUUCCUAAAAAACAAUCUUUAAUAAACUUAAUGAUAUAUUUUUGACACUUUUUAUACAUUGUUUUUAUUUUAUUGUUCUUAUAGUAUUAUUUAAAUGUUACUUACAAAUCCAUCCAGUAAAUAUAUGAUAUUUUAUUACAA